AUGAGCACUGUAUCUUUCACGGCAUCCCGGCAGGAACAUGAUGUCAAGAAGGGAGAUGAGCUGAUGGGUGUUGAUAUGGUUUUGGUUGAGAAAAGGUUGAUUUCUGCUUUAUUGAGAGAUCUGGACAGCUUUAUUCUGACAAAGAUAGAUAUGCUGUCUCAGUUCAAACACAUAAAUUUGGUUCCUUUGAUCGGCUACUGCAAUGUGAACAUCAAGAUGAUCGUGGUGUACGAGUAUAUGGAAAAGGAAACGCUUAAGAACCAUAUGUAUGACUUGGAUAACCCAAGUUCCACAAGAGCCAUCAUACACCGGAUUGUGAAGUCUGCUAACAUUCUCUUGAAUAAGAAUUUCAUGGCCGAAGUUGCAGAAUUUGGAUUGUCUAAGCCUGCUCCGUAUCUUAACCAGACACCUGGAUAUGGUGAGCAAGACCCAAUAAGCUAUGAUCUCAUCCAUGAUAUUGUUGGGAAGUAA